AAAAUGGGCGCCGAAAGGCGUUCCAAGAAUAUCCAUGAUCCUCGUAGAAUUCCAAAUCCACCAAUUGCUAAAUCGUCAAAGAAAAUAGAUGCGGCUACAGUGACGAAGAGGAAAAAAACUACUGAUGUUGUUCCGGCCAGCAAGGGGAAACAAGUCGUAGAGGCUGAAGCAGAAGAAGAUCAAUUACCUGUGAAGAAACAGGACCCUAAAUUCCUUGUUAAAUUUCCUCCAACUCAUCCUAUACGAUAUGCUUCGUACAUGAACCACAAUAUAAAAAAGGACUUGGAGGACAAACUUACAGAAAGACAGCAGCAGCUAUUUUCUAAAACUAUAUUUGGAAAAUACUUGCAGAUGCAACAUUGUGAAGUCCAAGGGCAGCUGUUCCGGUGUUUAAUGGUCAGAGAGCUGAAGAAAAGCACACCUGAUGCUUUUGUUAUUGACAUUAAUGGGACUGAAUUGACAUUUUCUCUAUUUGAAUUUGCAUUAAUGUCCGGGUUAAAGUGUUAUGGUGAAGAAAUCGUUUUUAACGAGGGUAAAAAUGGACUGUUGGAAAAAUACUUUGGUGGUUCCAAAAAAAGCGUUAAAAAGAUGGAGCUAAAUGAGUGCUUCAAUGACAAGAAUUGGGGUGUAGAUGAUGAUGCAGAUCAAGACGCUUUAAAGAUUGCGGUGCUGUAUUUCAUUCAUAACUACAUACUUUCAGGUGAGAAGAGGAACGUCGUAAUUCCAAGACUUCAUUUUGACCUGGUAGACAGUGGACGGUACAAAGACUACACAUGGGGCAAGGAAGCAUUUGUUGAUUUGAUUAAAAGCAUUCACAAUAAGAUGGACAAGCCGAAACAGUAUUACUGUCUUCGGGGCUUUCCAUUUGCUAUUCAAGCAUGGUUAUAUGAGUGUUGUUCCAAUGUGGACCCAGAUUUAGCCGUAAGAAAUGGAGACCGAAUCCCCAGGAUCUUAAAUUGGAAGACAGUAGACCCAACACCAUCAUUUAACCACCUGAUGACUGGGAUGUUCAAGGAUGACGUAUCUGAGGUUUAUGCUGAAUUAAAGGAUCUUCGCAAAGCCAUGGAUGCAAAAUUCGACAAGGUUUUUGACCUUAUCAAAGGGCAUCAAACUUCUGAAAAGGUUUGA